AUGAUUGCUCAUUGGAAUAGAGAGGAUGUCCAACAACUUUCCUUCAAUUUAUGGCUACCAAGUUGUAUUACACUAAAUGUCAAUAGGAUACCAAUCAUUGGAUUUAAUUUAGUAACUGGAGACCAGAAUUUGGAUAUCAUUCACACUUUUAGAACUGAAGUUGAAGAUCAGCAUGGGUUCUUCAGAUUCAAACCACGAUCGAAAUACAAUAUGCGAAAACAAACGUGUUGCUUACAUAUUAUUCGGACUGUCCAACCUCAUAUUUUUAGUGGGAUUGGCUAG